GAUUCUGUGUUUAAUCCUCUGACAUCCAGUAUUUAUAGACGGGUUUGUUCGUUCAAACGUUAAUCUUGUUGUUGCUUUAGAAGUCUUCUGUCAUUAACGCCAACAAUGCCAAGUGAAGCCACAGAAACUGUCCCAGUGACGGAGCAGGAGAUGCAGCAGCCUCAAGUGGAGACGGCUGCUGCUGCUGCUUCAGUUCCUGCUGGCUCUCAGCCAAAGACUAAAGGGACUAAGGCUAGCUCAUCUCCACACACCUCUGCCCCCAAGGCUGUUCCUUUGGGUCGCCGGAAGCGCUCCUCGCUUUCUGCUUCUUCUUCUUCUCCCACAUCACCCAAAUCAGCCUCUGGCCCUCGAGCCACCCCACCUUGCUCUCCACUAGCAUCUCCUUCAGCUCAUUCCCCAGGUGCAGGGAAACCUGAGACAACUGUUCCUAAGGUUGUUAAGGCUAGUAAACAGGCAAAACCCAAGAAAGCAGAUUUUAAACUUGCUGAACCUCAGCAGGUAACUCUACCUUCUGCUGUACCCUCAGAGGCUAAAACAACACUGGGGUCUUCCCCAACAUCUCCCAAGGUGGCCACCCCACCAGUAGAGGGUGCAACUACUGCCUCUGUGUGCCCUAAAGCUGCUGGCGUAACUCCAGUAGCGGCAGAAAUAGUAAAAGGUCCAGGUCCUGAAGCUGCAUCUCCUCAGUGUACCACUGCUAAUCCAGUGAAGGCAAAAAAGAAGGGUGCAGCAGCUGCUCCAAUGAAAGCUGAAGCACUUGUUUCCACUCCUAUUGAAGAUGUCCCAGCUCCAGUGGUGACAAAACCAGAGAAAGUUGAAGCAACUACCUCAGCUUCAGUGGAGGUAAAACCAACAAAAGGUGCAGGCCCUACAACAGCCUCUCCUGAAGGUAUUGUUGCUGCAUCAGGGAAGGCAAAACAGGAGAAGGGUGCUGCAGCUUCUCCAGUGAAAGCUGAAGAACCAGCCUGUGCAAAAGAUGUUGUCCUAGCUCCAGUGGAGGCAAAACCAGUGACGGGUGCAGCAUUAGCCCCAACUCGAGUGGAUGUGAAGGGUGCUAUACCUGCACCAGUCCCGGCUAAAGAUGUUGUCCUAGCUCCAGUGGAGGCAAAACCAGUAACGGGUGCAGCAUUAGCCCCAACUCGAGUGGAUGUGAAGGGUGCUGUACCUGCACCAGUCUCGGCUAAAGAUGUCCUAGCUCCAGUGGAGGCAAAACCAGUGACAGGUGCAGCAUUAGCCCCAACUCGAGUGGAUGUGAAGGGUGCUGUACCUGCACCAGUCCCGGCUAAAGAUGAUGUCCUCGCUCCAGUGGAGGCAAAACCAGUGACGGGUGCAGCAUUAGCCCCAACUCGAGUGGAUGUGAAGCAGGUGAAGGGUGCUGUACCUGCACCAGUCCCGGCUAAAGAUGUUGUUCCAGCUCCAGUGGAGGCAAAAUUGGUGAAGGGUGAAGCAGCUGCUCCAGUCCCAUCUCCAGUUGAUGUGAUGCAGGUGAAGGGUCCUGCACCAGUCCCGGCUAAAGAUGUUGCUCCAGUGGAGGCAAAAUUGGUGAAGGGUGAAGCAGCUGCUCCAGUCCCAUCUCCAGUUGAUGUGAUGCAGGUGAAGGGUCCUGCACCAGUCCCGGCUAAAGAUGUUGCUCCAGUGGAGGCAAAAUUGGUGAAGGGUGAAGCAGCUGCUCCAGUCCCAUCUCCAGUUGAUGUGAUGCAGGUGAAGGGCCCUGCACCAGUCCCGGCUAAAGAUGUUGUCCCAGCUCCAGUGGAGGCAAAACCAUUAGAGGGUGUAGCACUUACUCCAGUAUCUCCUAAAGCUCCUGAGCCUUUUAAAGUAGUUUCAAAGUCAGCUACCCACACACCCAAAUCAUACUCUGAGGCUGUGGCAUGUAGCCCACCCAAAGUACCAGAAAUUCCAAAGGUGGUUCAUGAGGCCCCAGUAGCAUCUAAGGUGUCAGAAGUCCUCAAGACUACUGCAGUUGUUCCAGAAACCCCUAAGAGUGCUGAAAUGCCCAAAGCUCCUGCUGCUGCUGAAUCUCCAAAGGCUCAGCCUGUACCUGCCUUAUCUCCAGUGCAAAAAGAAAAGUCAGCUCCAGCUGUUCCUUCUAAAGGAAAUGCAGAGGCCCCCAAAAAGAAGCCAAAUGUUGCUCCUGUCCUGGCACCAACUCCUCAAUCUUCCAUUUCACCUCUGGAGGAGGAGGAUGACCUCCCUCCACUUAUUCCACCAGAGAAGCCAGCCACAAUGCCUGUUUUCCAAUCUGUGGCUGAAGCGCCACCUAAAGUAGAGCCUGUAGUUAAAGGUCUUGUGCCACCAGCUGGUCCCAAAGCCAGUGUAACACCUGCUAAAUCUCAGCCUGACCCUGUACCAGUUAAAGCCCCAUCUAAACCGGAACCAGUGAUCAAGAAUGACAAGGGUAUUUCUCUCUGUCCAUCUGUCUCUAUACCUUUUGUCCUAGACUGUGGGUUUGAAUUACUACUUUUUCAGUGUGGUCAUGAUGGCUGCAUGAUUCACAAACAGUAAAUUUUCCCAGUGAACACAUUGUGGAGAGCUGCAACAAACUGAGUGGCUUUAAAGAUGUGCCUACAUACAAGCAAACAGCCUAUUAGCUAUUCAGUUGAAAAAAAGUAUGAUGUAAGGUCAUCGAUGCAAAUAUGACAAAUGUAAAUGAGAAACAUACUUCUGCCGUUUUUUUUU